GGCCGGCGCGCGCGGCAGACGAGCGGGGGCCUCCUCCCCGCCACCACCAUGAGCUCGUUCACGACCCACCCGCCGCUGCCGGUCGGCCAGGGCUGUGCCGACACGGCCCUCGGCGCGUCGUACGUCGCCUUCCUGAACGUGCUGGUGGGCGUGAUCAACGCGCGCCUCGAGCGCGAGCGCCGGCAGCGUGUGGAGCGGGCGCGCCGCGACCGCCCCGGGGAGUACGACUUCGUGGUGGUGGGCGGCGGCACGGCCGGCUGCGUGCUGGCGGCGCGCCUCUCGCAGGAGCCCGCCGUCUCCGUGCUGCUGCUGGAGCGCGGCGGCACCGAGCCACCGCAGGCCCGGGUGCCGGCCUUUGCGUCGUACGUGGUCCGGGCCAACAUGGCGGAGUUCAUGACGUCCACGGCCGAGCCCCAGAGCUGUAACGCCACGGGCUGCUCCUUCCCGGUGCCCUACGUCCUGGGCGGCGGCUCCUCUAUCAACGGCAUGAUGUUUAUCAGAGGCAGCUCAGUGGACUACGACGACUGGGCCAAGGCCACGGGUGACUCGGGAUGGAACUCCACCAACAUGCUCGCUCUGUACAAGCGCGCCGAGAGCAACCAGGACCCGGCCAUCGCGCAGGACACCGAUUACCACUCCCAGGUUGGACCACAGCCCGUGUCGUGGCAACGCUUCCGCCACCCCUCGCUGCAGGUUCUGUCUCAGGCCAUGGAGGCCACCGGGCUCCCCUUCCGCCUGGACGUGAACGGAGAGUCACAACUGGGCCACUCCUUCGUGCAGACGUCGACGAAAGACGGAGAGCGCUGGAGCACGUAUAGGAGCUACCUUCUACCCGCGCUGGGGAGGCCCAACCUGCACGUCGAGACGUUCGCCAAGGCCACCCGGGUUCUGUUCGAGCAUCGCUACAAGGGCAAGCCGACGGCCGUUGGGGUCGAGUACACGGACGCAGCCGGGCAGGUGCACACCGCCAGAGCGAGGAAGGAGGUGGUGCUGACCGCAGGGACCCUCCACACUCCGCAAAUACUGCAGCUCUCCGGAAUCGGCUUGGCCUCGGAGCUGCAGAAGCUGAACGUGACUCAGCUUGUUGAGCUGCCGGUGGGCGAGCAACUGGAGGACCACGCGCGUGCGGCGGGGCUGGAGUUCUCGUGCGGCCCGCCGCUGUGCGUCGUGGACGCGGCGAGCCGGCGUCGUGACCUGGCCCUGUACAGGCGCUCCCGCCGAGGCCCGCUGGCCGAGGGGCAGGCGCUGCAGUACGGCGCCUUCCUGCGCACGAACUUGGACCCGCCCGCCCCUGCCGGCGCGGGGCCUCCAGCCAAGCAGCCCGACUUGCAAAUCCUGUUCCUCGGCGCUCUCGAUAUGGACAAUGGUGCACGGUGCCUUGACAACGAUGCCUGGCGAUGGAACCGCGUCAAGUGGAUGCCCGCCGUGCUGCACCCCCGCAGCCGCGGACGGGUACGCCUCAAUGCUUCGGAUCCCCUCGGGCAGCCCAUCGUGGAGUUCGGCUAUCUCAGUGACGAGGGCAACCACGACCUGGCCGUCAUGGUGGAGGGCCUGAGAAUGGGCGUGGUGCGUCAGGACACCUUGGCCAAGCUCGGACUUACUAUCAACAAGGACCCCAAGCUCUCCCCCUCCUGCAGCCAUUUGCUGUUUGGAUCAGACGAACACCUGGCUUGCCUGGCUCGGACCACGACCGCGACCCUCUGGCAUUGGACGGGGACGUGCCGCAUGGGCCGCGAGGGCGACGAGACGGCCGUCGUGGACCCAAAGCUGCGCGUCAAGGGCGUGCUGGGUCUGCGGGUGGCCGACGCGUCUGUCAUGCCUUCUGUGCCGAGCGGCAACACCAACGCGCCCACCAUCAUGGUUGCCGAGCGCGCCGCCACCCUCAUCCUCAGUGACCACGGCUUGCCACGCGACGAUUGACUAGAAGCCUAGUCCACAAGAAAGUGUUCGAGGGUAAUAUCCCGCUGGGAUAGUACUGGAAAGCUCAACUGCAAGGUGUUCGGGAAAGUUCUUCACGCUUGACCUGGGAUAGUAAAAGACGGUAAAAAGUUUCUAGAUAAGCAGCACGACGCAUCCUACAAACAAAGUUCGAUCUUAGGCCGGACUAUGUGUUUUUUACAGCCUGGACUGUACUUCGGAGUGCAGUCUUGCAUGUAUUUUAAUUCUUGGUAAAAAGUUUAAAAUAAGAAUUGAAAAAGGCCGUUAUAGAGGACCAUAGUGAGACAAAAUCUACAAAAAUGCAUUUGACAUUCCCACCCACUAGGUCUAGCAUUACAGUCCGACUAAACUUUAAUUUUACAGUCCACGCUGUAACAGAUCAGACCGCAAAUUUGAAUACAAUCUGAUCGUGUUCUACAAUACAGUGCAAACUGUCAUAGGUGGUACCAGGUGCGACUGCCCGGGUGAAACGGUUUGUAUACAACUCACUA